CGCUCCGCACAUGGGCGCUGCGCUCGGGGCCGCGGGUUCGAGGCCGCGCUCGGCGCCGCUCGGCUCCGCUGCCCGCCCGCCAUGGCCCGGCGCAGCGCCCUCUCCAUCCGCAUCGUGGAGGGCAGGAACCUGCCCGCCAAGGACAUCACGGGGAGCAGUGACCCAUACUGCAUCGUGAAGAUCGACGAUGAGGCCAUCAUCAGGACUGCCACGGUGUGGAAGACGCUGUCCCCGUUCUGGGGGGAGGAAUACGAGGUGCAGCUCCAGCCUGGCUUCCACAGCAUCUCCAUCUACGUCAUGGACGAGGAUGCCCUCAGCCGUGAUGACAUCAUUGGGAAGGUCUGCAUCACCCGGGACAUGCUGGCAGAGCACCCCAAGGGAUACAGCGGCUGGAUGAGCCUCAGCGAGGUGGACCCCGAUGAGGAGGUGCAGGGGGAGAUCCACCUGCGGGUGGAGGUUCUGGGCAGCCAGGGCAGCCGGCGGCUGCGCUGCUCCGUGCUGGAGGCCAGGGAUUUGGCCAGGAAGGACCGGAAUGGUGCCUCCGACCCCUUUGUCCGCCUGCGCUACAACGGGAAGACACAGGAGAGCACCGUGGUCAAGAAAUCCUGUUACCCUCGCUGGAACGAGGCCUUCGAGUUCGAGCUGGCCGAGCCCGCCGGGGAGAAGCUCUGCGUGGAGGUGUGGGACUGGGACCUCGUCGGCAGGAACGACUUCCUGGGCAAGGUGAGCCCCAAACCCUUUCAGUGUUGCCGGGGUCCUGCCCAGCUGCACACCCAGCCCGCUCCUGCCUUCCCCUCCCAGGUGGUGUUCAGCAUCCAGGGGCUGGAGGCGGCGGGGCAGGAGGAGGGGUGGUUCAGGCUGUGGCCAGACAAGUCCAAGCCGACAGACGACGAGCGCCGGGGCAGCCUGGGCUCGCUGCAGCUGCAGGUGAAGCUUCGGGACGAGACGGUUCUUCCCUCCCACUGCUACCAGCCCCUGGUGCAGCUCCUGUGCCAGGAGGUGAAGUCGGGGCGCCAGGAUGGCCAAGUGCACCUGGUCACCCUCCUGGAUGAAACCACCACGGCCGAGUGCCGGCAGGAGGUCGCCAUCAACUUGGUCAAACUCUUCCUGGGCCAGGGGCUGGUCAAGGAGUUCCUGGACCUGCUCUUUGAGCUGGAGCUGGCCAAGCCCUGCGAGCCCAACACUCUGUUCCGGAGCAACUCUCUGGCCUCAAAGUCCAUGGAGUCCUUCCUCAAGGUGACAGGGAUGCCAUACCUGCACUUUGUCCUGGGCCCCACCAUCACCCGAGUGUUCGAGGAGAAGAAAUACGUGGAGCUGGACCCGGGCAAGGUGGAGAUCAGAGAUGUCGGGUGCUCGGGGCUGCACCGGGUGCAGACGGAGAGCGAGGUGAUCGAGCAGGGCCGACAGCACCUCCAGUCCUACCUGGGCGAGCUCCUGGACGCCAUCGUCAGGUCGGCCCCGGCGUGUCCCCCCCUGAUCCGCGCCGCCUUCCGCCAGCUCUUCCAGCGCGUCGGGGAGCGCUUCCCGCAGCACCAGCACGCCAAAUUUGUGGCUGUCACCAGCUUCCUGUGCCUGCGCUUCUUCUCGCCGGCCGUGAUGACCCCCAAGCUGUUCCAGCUGCGGGCCGCACACGCGGACGCGCGGACCAGCCGCACGCUGCUGCUGCUGGCCAAGGCCAUCCAGCUGGUCGGGAACAUGGAGCCGGCGGCCGGGCGCGCCAAGGAGACGUGGCUGUCGCCGCUGCUGCCCGCCCUGCAGCAGGGCACCGCCCGCAUGAGGGACUUCAUCACCCGCCUGGUGGGCACGGAGGAGGACCAGGGCGAGGAGGAGGGCGAGGGGCGGCCCCCGCCGGCCGUGCUGAAGGAGGGGCUGCUCCUCGUGCACAAAACACGGGGCAAGGGGCCGCUGCUCGCUGCUGCCGCCGGCAAGAAACUCCACUUCUGCCUCACCGGGGAGUCCCUGAGCUUCGGCAAGAGCCCCGCAGCGGAGCGUAUCGGUGCCAUCGCUCUGGGCGACAUCCUGGCGGCCGAGAAGGUGGAGGAGAAGAGCUUCGGCAGCUCCCACGUCAUGCAGGUGGUCUACCUGGCCACGGGCGGGCAGCAGGAGACGGCCUACCUGCAGUGCAAGUGUGUCAACGAGCUGAACCAGUGGCUGUCGGCCCUGCGCAAGGUGUGCGGCAACAACCCCCGAGUGCUCCGCUCCUACCACCCCGGCGUCUUCCGCGGGGACAAGUGGAGCUGCUGCCACCAGCGCGACAGGACAGGGCUGGGAUGCGACCGGACCCGGCACGGCGUCACCCUGCAGGACUGGAGUGACCCUCUGGAGCCCACGGUGGAGGCGCAGCGCCUCUUCCAGCACCUGCAGGGCCUCCGGGGCACCCUCAGGGACAAGUACCGGGAGCUGCUGCAGCCGGAGCUCGCCCAGAGCGGCCCCCGCGGGGAAGCGGUGGCUCUGAGGCGGGAGCCGCCCGUGUCCGUGUCCGUGUCCGUGUCCGUGUCCGUGUCCGUGUCCGUGUCCCAGCGCCGCCGUCCCCGCUCCCGCUGGCGCCAUUGCCCGCAGCGGCUCCUCCCGCCCGCCUGGGGACGCUGUGGGGCCGCGGGGAGCGCCGAGAGGGCGGAAGUGACGUAGCGGAAGCGAAGCGGCGGCCGCCAUAGCAACGGCGGGAUGAACGCGCCUCCGGCCUUCGAGUCCUUCCUGCUCUUCGAGGGCGAGAAAAAGAUCACCAUCAACAAGGACACCAAGGUGCCCAACGCCUGCCUGUUCACCAUCAACAAGGAGGACCACACGCUCGGGAACAUCAUCAAGUCGCAGCUGCUCAAGGACCCGCAGGUGCUGUUCGCGGGGUACAAGGUCCCACACCCCCUGGAACAUAAAAUCAUCAUCCGAGUGCAAACCACGCCGGAUUACAGCCCGCAGGAGGCGUUCACCAAUGCCAUCACAGACCUGAUCAGCGAGCUCUCCCUCCUGGAGGAGAGGUUCAGGGUUGCUAUUAAGGACAAACAAGAAGGAAUUGAGUGAAGUGGAGCAGGCUGUUACUUCCGAGGCACAAUGACGUGUUUGUUACUGGAUGAAAUACUCAAACCUCCACUCAUGGCAAAUAUUUUCUCCCUUGUCCCACUGCUGUUUAAUUUUUGACAGCAAUAUUUUGAAUUUUGGUUUGGUUUUUUUUUUCAUAGCAGACAGGCACUUUGCCAAGAGGAUAAAUGUCGGGUUGGAUUUGGUGGAUAGGUCAUUAAAGUGAUUUUUAGUUUUCUAAUUGGAGCCUUAGGGCAAAUAUUUGUCCUGGGCUGUUGGGGAGGUUGCUGUGGGGAGGAUUCCAGCAUGAGAAGCUGCUCAGCUGUAGAUGAACUCUCUGCUUUUCCUGCCAAAAACUCCAGGCACUGCCAGCUGAACUGGUAUUUUGUUUUAUUAAGUGUCAUUUCUACAAAACAAAUGCACAAAUUGUGAAAACUUACAGUAAAAGAAACCGGAUGUUUACAAUGAACUGAUGACUUUAACAAA